AUGAACCGUGUCCUUGGAGAUUGUAUCGACCAUUUUGUGCUUGUCUACUUGGAUGACAUACUUAUUUACAGCAAGUCGAUGGAUGAUCAUUUGCGGCAUGUGAGGAUGGUAUUGGAGAAGCUACGGGAUGCAAAGCUAUAUGCCAACAUAUCGAAGUGCCAUUUUGGACAAAAGGAAGUGGAAUUCUUGGGUUUUCGAGUCUCAGGUGAUGGCAUACGACCAGCAGAAGGCAAAUUGACAGCAAUACAAGGAUGGAAAGUACCUACAAACGUACAAGAAGUCCGUCAGUUCAUUGGCCUUGCUCAACACUAUCGUCGUUUUAUACCUUGUUUUGCAAGCCUUGCCACACCAUUGACUGAUCUUACCAAAGGAUCCGGACCAAAAAGAAGAGCAAUCACAUGGAAUGAUGCAUGUCAAACAAGCUUCGAUAUGAUCAAGGAGAAGUUGAUGAGCGCACCAGUGUUGCAAGCACCAGACACCAGCAAGCCGUAUAGGGUUGAAUGCGAUGCAUCCGAUGUUGGAGUAGGAGCAGUGUUGCUACAGCAAGAUGAUGAAGGAAGGUGGCAUCCAUUAGCAUACGAAUCUCAUAAGUUGUCGAAAGAAGAGCAUCAUUACCCAGCACAGGAACGGGAGUUGUUGGCAAUGUUGCAUGCCUUAAGGACCUGGCGAUGCUUUUUGGAGGGGCGACCAUAUCAGAUUUUCACAGACCACAAUUCGCUCAAGUAUUUGAGAUCACAAGCAAAGCCAACACCUAGGUUGAUACGAUGGAUGAAUGAGUUGGAACUUUUCGAUCCUGAGAUUUUAUAUAAGCCGGGCAAGGAGAAUGACGUACCUGAUGCUCUUUCGCGCAAGGAUUAUGAUGCAGAAGCUGGCGACAAGACAUUGGAGCCACAAUAUUUGUAUGCAAGCAUGAACAAGUUGCCGGAUGACCAUCGACAAGAUUGGCCUCAGUAUUAUCUGAACAAGCCGAAGGAGUUGCCAAAGGAGGUGGAUGAUUUUCUCAAGCAGGAGCAGGACCAUUUUGUGAUUCAUGACAACAAGGUGUAUCGUAAAGUGAGGAUGAAGAAAGGUGAUGAUGACUCGAUGAUGAAAGAAGUCCGCUAUUUGCCGUUUGCUGCACGUGCCGAUAAGGUCAAGAUGUUCCAUGAUGGAUUUGGUCAUGCUGGAGGAAGGACUGUAUUCGAUUUGAUGCGUACAAGGUAUUGGUGGCCAACGAUGAAAGUGGAUAUUCAAGACUGGUUGUCGAUAUGCCCAUCAUGCCAAAUGAAUGCUCGUCAAGACCAUAUACACCAUGAUCCAAUGCACCCAUUGCCGGUUCCUCAAGCAUUUGAAAGGUGGCAUUUGGAUUUCAUAGGGGAGCUGCCAAGGACUGUGCAUGGAAACCGAUGGAUUCUCGUAGCCGUUGAUUAUACAACCAAUUAUCCUAUCGCACGAGCUGUACAUGUGGCGUCUGGAAAGGCUGUUGCUGAUUUCUUGUACGAAGAGAUUGUGAUGCGAUUCGGGUGUCCAAAAGAAAUCCUCACUGAUCGUGGCGCGAACUUUACAAGCAAGGUGCUGGCACAUUAUACAAAAAGGGUCAAGAUUAAUCACAAGUUAACGUCUGCGUUCCACCCACGUACCAAUGGAAAGUGUGAAAGGCUCAAUGGUACUCUCAAGGCGAUGCUCAGGAAGUAUGUCAAUGGCGCACUCCAUGUAUGGGAUGAGUAUUUGGAUGCAGCACUAUUUGCGUGUCGAAUCAGAACCCACCAUACAACCGGCUAUAGUCCUUUCUUUAUGACAUACGGACGUGAUCCUAUCUUACCAGGUGAUUCUUUAAGACCAUACAUAUCAGACCAAGCCCUCAAGGAUCCUCGUGCCAUGGCAGAGCUCACAGCUCAAGAGUUGGAAAAAGUGGAUCAAGUUCGUGCUGCCGCUACACAACGCAUGCAAGCUAUUAGUCAAAAAGAUAAGGAGCGAUGGGAUAAGGCACUUAACAUUCUGGAUUUCGAUAUUGGUGAUUAUGUGAAGCUGACACACGAAGGACGAUAUGGACUUGAGCCACGUUACAAAGGACCAUUUGUUGUAAUCGCCAAGAACCAAGACUUUGGAACCUACAAGUUGGAGACCAUUCAAGGGCAACCAUUAGCUUCAUGGGUACAUGUGGAUCGACUAGCCAAGGUUAACUUUGACACGGAACCCACCACACCAUGGUUUGACCCAAGGACAACACGCGCAGAAUGGCGUUCACGUAUGCAUUUGGCCCCUGAAGAAGACAAAGUUGAUAAGCUUGUUGGUCAAGACACCAUUCCUGAUGACUCUUGUGGCUCACCUUUGCAACAUGUACAACACGAUUCCCUCAUUGCUCGAGGACGACCAAUAGUUUCGGCGGGGGGUAAUGUCGAGCAAAAGGUGCCUGUUAUUGCGUCAAAACGCCGUUUUAAGC